CUCUCUUUCUCUCUCUCUUUCUGUUUCUGUGUUCAGAUGGGAAAUGCAAUGAAGACUCCAUGCUUUCACCCCAACAACAAUUGUUCAUCGAAGAAAACGGUGAAACUGGUAUUCUGGGAGGGCACGUCAAGAUCCCUGAAGGGGAAACACAUAGCUGGUGAGAUCAUGUUUGAGUUCCCUGAAAUGAUGGUGUGCCAUGCAGACUCUUUCUUCAUCGGACACCCUAUCCCUGCUCUCUCCAUUGAUGAUGAACUCAUGCCAGGCCAAACCUACUUUGUUCUUCCCAUUGAUCGUUUUGCAUACACCACCCUCUCCGUGGCCUCCAUUUCAGCCUUUGGAUCUUGCCCUAACAAGUCCCCCAUCAAGUUUGGGGGUUGUCCUUUUCAGUACUUACAGGGUUCUGAUGGAAGGAAGGUGAUCAAGGUGAUGCCGGAGUUCAUCACCAGGCUCAUAACUGGUGCCGACAAAGAGAGUAUCGGUCCUUCCAGUUUCCUCUGCAGCACUCCUGAGUUGCAGAAACAUUAUGAACAGCUUGUGAAGUCCAAGGAUCAGGUCUGGUCUCCUAAGCUCGAAACCAUUUCAGAAUACAGGAUUAGGUUUUCGCCAUGCAGAUUCAUCGAGUGGAAAGAAAAAGAAAAGCCUGUCGAAAUUCUUACUAGAUAGUUCAUUCUUAAUCGCUACCAACCACACAUAACAUCAAUUUGUACACUGAUUUAUAGACCGUAAUAUACACAUUACUCAUCUUUCUGCU